CCUGUGGCUGCUGUCUCCUUCCUCUCUCCAGAGACCCUCUUGUCCACCCGCCGUUUCCCCUCCUGACACACCAUGGACCCAAAUGCCAUCAAGGAGGAGCUGCGCUUGUUUCAGAGCACACUACUCCAGGACGGACUGAAGGAGCUGCUGAAUGAGAACAAGUUUGUGGACUGUACCCUGAAGGUAGGUGACCACAGCUUCCCCUGCCAUCGGUUGAUUAUGGCCGCCUGUAGCCCUUACUUCAGGGACAUUUUCUUCACAGAGGAUGGGAAGGAGGCGGAGAACACUAAGGAAGUGGUCCUGGAGGAUGUUGACCCUUCCACCCUGGACAUGAUCAUCCAUUACCUCUACUCUGCUGAGAUUGACCUCACUGAUGACAAUGUGCAAGAUUUAAUUGCAUUGGCGAACAGAUUUCAGAUCCCUUCAGUCUUCACAGUGUGUGUUAACUACCUUCAGAAAAAGCUGUCUCUGGGGAACUGCAUGGCCAUUUUCAGGAUGGGCCUAGUGUUCAGCUGUCCCAGGCUUGCUGUGGCUGCACGCAAUUACAUCGCUGACCGCUUCGAGCUCAUUUACAAAUAUGAGGAGUUCCUCAAGCUUGCACCCCACGAACUGUUCGCCAUCAUUGGUGGAGACUCAUUGAAUGUGGAAAAGGAGGAGCUGGUGUUUGAGGCAGUCAUGGCCUGGGUCCGCCAUGACAGGGAGAAGCGCAUCAAGGUCCUCAAGGAUGCUUUCAACUGCAUCCGCUUCCGCCUGCUAUCUGAGAAAUACUUCAAAGACAGAGUGGAGACUGAUGAGAUUGUCAAGGCUGACCCUGAGCUCCAGAAGACAAUCCAGGCCGUCAGGGAUGCCUUCAAGGGGAAACUUCCAGAGAAACCCAAGAAGAAAGAGGGGGCCGGAGAGGAGGAGGACAACCCAUUCCCUGGCUUCCUGAAUGACACCCGCAGACACGGCAUGUACGCCCGUGACUUCAUCCUGAUGAUCAACGACACGGCGGUGGUGGCAUAUGAUGUCAGUGAGAAUGAGUGCUUCCUUGCCGCCAUGUCGGAGCAGGUGCCACGUAACCAUGUCAGCCUGGUAUCACAGAAGAACCAGCUCUACAUCAUUGGUGGAAUUUUCAUGGAUGACGAAAAUAAGGAUGUGCCUCUGCAAUGUUAUGUCUAUUUGUUGGAUCCUGUCACUUCAGACUGGGUUGCCCUGCCUCCUAUGCCUUCUCCGAGAUGCCUGUUCAGCAUCGGAGAGAGCGGGAACCUGCUGUUCGCUGUGGCAGGAAAAGACCUCCAGACCAAUGAGUCACUGGACUCUGUGAUGUGCUACAAUGUUGAGAAGAUGAGGUGGAGUGAGACCAAAAAGUUUCCUCUGAAGAUCCAUGGCCAUGCUGUUGUCUCCCACAAAGGACUGGUCUACUGUAUUGGAGGAAAGACCGAUGACAACAAAGCUCUCAACAAGAUAUUUGUGUACAACCACAAGCAGGGAGAGUGGAGGGAGCUGGCAGCCAUGAAGACUCCCAGAGCUAUGUUUGGAGCUGUCACCCAUAGCGGCAAGAUUGUAGUAGCUGGUGGGGUCAACGAGGAAGGGCUCACUGCUGCAUGUGAAGCCUACGACUUUGCAACAAACAAGUGGGAGCCCUUUGCAGAGUUUCCCCAGGAGAGGAGCUCUAUCAACCUUGUGACCAGCGGUGGCUCCCUGUAUGCUGUGGGUGGCUUCGCUAUGGUUCAGAUGGAGAACAAAGAGGUGGCUCCCACAGAGGUCACUGACGUCUGGCAGUAUGAGGAUGAUAAGAAGCAGUGGAGCGGCAUACUGAGGGAGAUGCGUUACGCUGCUGGCUCCUCCUGUGUGUCCAUGCGCCUCAAUGCUGCCAGGAUGCCCAAACUGUAAACAGAAUCACUAUCUUUUUCUCUUUUUUUCUUUCUUUAACCCUCAUCACCACCCUUAUCACCUUAGGAUUUCUUUGACAUUCAUUUUUCUCUGAACUCAGAUGAUUUUUAUCUGUAUCUCUGCUCUGCUGCUGCUGCUUCAGAUGCUGUGGCAUCUCCAAAGUA